AUGACGUAUCAUGAGUUCGUUCGUCUGGCCCCAGAAACUCAGAGCUACUCAGUUUCUCAACUGAAGCUUGGCCAGGAUGCCUCUCCCAUCUCAGCCACCUCCCUGUGGCUGCAGCGGGCCGAACCUGCAAGAAGAGCAGACUGCGCACGGGCAGGUUCGCCGUGCCUGCGCGCGCGCGGCCCGUCACAUGGACAUCAGCAGGAGCAGGCUCUGCGUGCCCUCGCAGGAGGCACGCUUCAGGCGCUCGUGCUGGAACGGAUGCAGCAAGACGAGCAGAACGACAGUCUUGAGGACCUCGUGCGUCGCGCUGCUCUCUUCUGCACUCGCUUGGCCGCCGUCAGCCAGAGCACCAUCAUCUGUGGCGCCUGGCGAGGGGGCGAGCCGCUCCGAAGAGUUCGCCUUCGCAGGAAUGGCCUCGAAGGCCCACGCUGCUCCGGCAGCUGGAUGUAUGUAAACGCCACGGCCAGGGUGAGCACCAUGGCAAGUAUGGCGAGGAUGGGCUUCGAUUUGCUGAGGCUAGCGGCCCCAAGGUGGAGCAUUGUUCACUCGAAAAGCCGACUAGAACGUUCCAAAAGCUGA